CUUUUCCUUUUUUUUUGACACUCAAAGAAGGUCAGCUUUCUCUCCCUUCUGCCCCCCCCCUCCAGAGUUGGCUGGCAAUGCUAGGAAAUAAAAGGUUUGUGGCAUGGAGUCUCUACUUCGAAGAUGGUCACCAGUCCUUUCUGGAAGGGAGGCUCAGACUCGCACGUGAUCUCCUCAGGAGAGAGAAGGCAGCUAGGAGGUGGCCAUGGCAAUUUUGAAGAGGAGGGGAAAUCUGACAUAACCUUGUCUAAAAUAUCAGAGCUUUCAUCGUCACCAAGCAUUUUAGAGUAUGGAUCCAGCAGUGACUCUACUGCGGAGCCCCUGGGUCGGGGAGUGCCAUUCCAGAAACAGUUAAAUUCAAAUACUGCAUGAGCCACAACAGAGCUGACAUCACACAGCAGCAGGGAAAGUUUGGUCCCUUCAGGACAUGGUGUUGGACAAUUGGUUACCCAUAUGGACACAGAGUAAAAAUAGACCCUGGUGACAGGAUAAAUUCCAGGUGGCUCAGAACCCUCAAUGUGAAAAGGAAACAUUUAAAAAGCCUGUCAAAAAGCAGAUUUUCAUGACCUCCGAGGAAGGAAAGAUUUCUAUAAAGGAAAAGGUUAGCAGGUUUGGAGUCAUUAAGCAGCCCCAAGGAUGCCACAGAAGAAACAGCAAAUGACCAAUGAGUAGGGGUUGUAUGGGGGGCAGGGGGUUGCCAAAGGUUAAGUACUUAGAACUUUGCUCUUCACUGGGCGUGGUGGAUGCAGUUCUGGGCGCUUGGGAGACGGAGGAAGAAAGAUACCCUGCCCAUUCCAGGCAAGCCAGGGCUAUGUGCUGAGUUCCAGGUCCUUCUCGGUUCCACAGCAAAGACAGACGCUGUCUCAAAAAAUCAGGAGCAAAGCAAACACAAACAGCCCGAAUGCCUUCAGUCUUUGGCGUUUGAAAGACAACGGUAAAACUGGAAAAGCAAAUAAAUGGACACUCUUCAGGAGGAAGAAAAGGAGUGUGUGUGUGUGUGUGUGUGUGUGUGUGUGUGUGUGUGUGUGUGUGUGUGUGUGGUGUGGCGGCAGCGAUAAACACCCAGUAAAGUUAUGCGUGGCUUCCCUAGUUAAUACACAGCCUUGAAGUAAAACGACACUUCUUGUAGGCUUGUGAAGCUGCUUCACACGUGUGCCUGAUGAGACAGGUGUGGGCGAUGGUCAGGAACCGUGUGAACCCUUGCAAUUCUUGCAGCAGGAGAAAGUGGUGUGGCUGCUUCAGAAAUCAGUUUGUUAACUAGCAGAAGCAGCCUCUCGACUUCCAGGGUUCCUCCAGCCCAGGCAGUUCUUACCAUAUUUAUUUUCCCCCCGAAAAACCAAUGAGUAACUGAAAUAAGUUCAAGAGAUUAAAAACUGAGUAUUAAGUUUAUUCAGAAGACAGAUGAACAAACUAAGGUGCCAGGAACCAACAUAAACAUUGAAAACUAUAUCCAGUGUAGAAUUAUUUAAUUAUUUUGUUAUAAUAAGGUCUCCUCAGGUGAAAUGGGAAAGGUUAUAUUGACAGUGUUAACCUUGCAGAGACCAGCUAGCUCCCUGAGGAACUGAUUAAACCUGGUAAGAAAUGAUAGAUAAUUAAUUGAUCGAAUGACUUGUACCAGUGAGCAUCUCUUUAAAAUCUUAGAAUAAAGAUAACGUUAAUCAACAUUGCAAAUUGCAUAAAGAUACAAAGUGUUUGCAGAAUAAUUUAUAAAGAAAAAGCAUUUGACUGUUGUGCUCCUCGUGGGAAUACUUGACUGUAGUUGUGUGUGCAGCUGGAACUCAAAGCAACUACAGUCUCUUAAUUCAAAUAUUAGCUACAGCCUUCUCCGGAAAGAAGUUCAUGGUGUGCUCUGAGCAGACCCGAGGCUCUGCUCCUGAGUUACUUUCUUCUCAAGCCUGGAGGCUGACUGUGUGGCGUGCAGCAGGCAUGGCGCAGUUGGCCGGAUGGUGGUACUGGGAGGAAUGUGACAGCCACCCAGUCUGCACCUUCUCCUGACUACGUCUGAUAUCAGCAGAUGUCUUCCAAGCGACCAGCCUCUCCGUAUGGGGAGACAGAUGGAGAGGUAGCCAUGGUGACAAGCAGACAGAAAGUGGAAGAGGAGGAGAGCGAGAGGCUCCCAGCCUUUCACCUUCCCUUACAUGUGAGUUUUCCCAACAAGCCUCACUCUGAGGAAUUUCAGCCAGUUUCUCUGCUGACGCAAGAGACUUGUGGUCCUAGGACCCCCCCUGCUCAGCACAACACAAUGGAAGUCGACGGCAAUAAAGUUAUGUCUUCAUUAGCCCCAUACAACUCAUCUACCUCACCUCAGAAGGCAGAAGAAGGUGGGCGACAGAGUGGCGAGUCCGUGUCUAGCACAGCUCUGGGCACUCCAGAGCGGCGCAAGGGCAGCUUAGCGGACGUGGUGGACACCUUAAAGCAGAGGAAGAUGGAGGAACUGAUCAAGAAUGAGCCGGAAGAUACCCCCAGUAUUGAAAAACUACUCUCAAAGGACUGGAAAGACAAGCUCCUGGCAAUGGGAUCAGGGAACUUUGGAGAAAUUAAAGGGACUCCCGAGAGCCUUGCUGAGAAGGAACGGCAACUCAUGGGGAUGAUCAACCAGCUGACCAGUCUGCGAGAGCAACUCCUGGCUGCCCACGAUGAGCAGAAGAAGCUGGCUGCGUCGCAGAUAGAGAAACAGCGCCAGCAGAUGGAGUUGGCCAAGCAGCAGCAGGAGCAGAUCGCGAGGCAGCAGCAGCAGCUUCUGCAGCAACAACACAAAAUCAACUUGCUUCAGCAACAGAUCCAGCAGGUCCAAGGUCAGCUGCCGCCAUUGAUGAUCCCCGUGUUCCCUCCUGACCAGCGGACCCUCGCUGCAGCUGCCCAACAAGGAUUCCUCCUUCCUCCCGGUUUCAGCUACAAGGCUGGGUGCAGUGACCCUUACCCUGUUCAGCUGAUCCCAACCACCAUGGCAGCUGCUGCUGCAGCCACCCCAGGCUUAGGCCCACUCCAGCUGCAGCAGUUCUAUGCUGCCCAGCUAGCCGCAAUGCAGGUUUCUCCAGGAGGGAAGCUCCUAGGCCUACCCCAAGGCAACCUUGGUGCUGCCGUGUCUCCUACCAGCAUUCACACAGACAAGAGCACAAACAGUCCACCACCCAAAAGCAAGGAUGAAGUGGCCCAGCCACUGAACCUAUCAGCUAAACCCAAGACCUCGGAUGGCAAAUCACCCACAUCACCCACGUCUCCCCACAUGCCGGCUCUGAGAAUAAACAGUGGGGCGGGCCCCCUCAAAGCCUCUGCCCCAGCAGCAUUAGCUAGUCCUUCAGCAAGAGUUAGCACAAUAGGUUAUUUAAACGACCACGAUGCUGUCACCAAGGCCAUCCAAGAAGCUCGACAGAUGAAGGAGCAACUCAGGCGGGAGCAGCAGGCACUGGACGGGAAGGUGGCCGUGGUGAAUAGCAUAGGUCUCAACAGCUGCCGGACAGAAAAGGAAAAAACAACACUGGAGAGUCUGACUCAGCAACUGGCAGUUAAACAGAAUGAAGAAGGAAAAUUUAGCCAUGGAAUGAUGGAUUUCAAUAUGAGUGGAGACUCCGAUGGAAGCGCCGGAGUUUCAGAGUCAAGAAUUUACAGGGAAUCUAGGGGACGCGGGAGCAACGAGCCCCACAUAAAGCGUCCGAUGAAUGCCUUCAUGGUGUGGGCAAAAGACGAACGGAGGAAAAUCCUUCAGGCUUUUCCUGACAUGCACAAUUCCAACAUCAGCAAGAUACUGGGAUCCCGCUGGAAAGCUAUGACCAACCUAGAGAAACAGCCAUACUAUGAGGAGCAGGCCCGCCUCAGCAAGCAGCACCUGGAGAAGUACCCGGAUUAUAAGUACAAGCCCAGGCCGAAGCGCACCUGCUUGGUAGAUGGCAAGAAGCUGCGCAUCGGGGAGUACAAGGCCAUCAUGCGGAACCGGAGGCAGGAGAUGCGGCAGUACUUCAACGUCGGGCAACAAGCACAGAUUCCCAUCGCGACUGCUGGAGUUGUGUACCCCGGAGCCAUCGCCAUGGCGGGAAUGCCGUCCCCUCACCUGCCCUCGGAGCACUCAAGUGUGUCCAGCAGCCCAGAGCCCGGGAUACCCUUGAUUCAGAGCACUUACAGCGUGAAGGGGGAGGAGCCUCACAUCAAGGAGGAGAUCCAGGCUGAGGACAUCAACGGAGAGAUUUACGACGAGUACGACGAGGAAGAAGAUGACCCGGAUGUAGAUUAUGGGAGUGACAGCGAAAACCAUAUGGCGGGACAAGCCAACUGAUAAGGGCCGGCAGACUGUGGUGUGGUGAGCUGAGGACUUGAAGAGAAGCCCUAGCUGGUCCAUCCUUACCAGUGGCCAAGCACAUUAACUUUCUCAUACACUGACUGUUAUUUUAACUGUUAGUCUUACAUAGUUGGGACGUCAGCUGACAAAUAGACCUCCGUCCGCCUCGAAAGGCUCGGGAAGGAAACGAUUGCCAAGCAGACAACAUCAACAAGAGAUUGAAAUAAGCUAUGGGUAAAAAAAACAAAAAAAAAACAAAAAAAAAACAAAGCCAGUAACUCAGCUGCUAGACCCCAGCACUGAAGUCUCGCCCGUCAACUUUUUUUUUUUUAAAUAAACUCUAUGGCUGUUUGUUCUAUAACUAGAAAUUCUCACUCAGGUACACAGUGCCAACAAGUGGCUUGUGAAUGUGUUUUGUUGUUUUGUGCUACAAUUUUUUUAAAAAAGUAAGUUUUGUUUUGUUUUGUUUGGGGGGAUGGUUCUGGGUUUUUCUUUGGCCUUUUCUUUCCUUUUAUCCUUUGCGAUUGUUGUCUUGCACCUGAUGGAAAGAGAGAGAUGGGCACUUGGUCCCUCUGCCCCCUCUCUUUCUUCUGCUUUAAAGAUGGGGUCCCGUGUGUGAGGGUGGGGGAGAGAGGAAAAAAAAGAGCCCGUUAUUUUGCCUUCCUUGCUUCUACACCAUACAAUCAGCAAUCAUUUCCUUUAGAGACCUCUAACUCUUGCACACAACACUACGUCUUUAAGCAAGUGCCAAAUCCAUACUGAAGCGAUCACCAACUUCAUUUUCUACUCCUUCCUUACUCCUGCUCCUUCUGAAGCUGGGACAGUGUUAAACCUUAGACAGUCCCUGCCAAGAGCUGAUACACCAGCAGCUGGUGAGAUUGAUUGUUUUUUAAUGGAAACUGUAGGUGCCGUUCUCAGGUGAAAAAAGAGAGAGAGAGAGACAGAAAUUUAGAGGAAAAAUUAUUUUCUGAUCUUGGAUUUGUGUGUGUGUGUGUGUGUGUGUGUGUGUGGUUAUGGUACAUUAGAUACAUUCCUAUUAGGGAAUAAUGUUGGGCCAUUGUAAGCAAAACCCCCCUCUCAUAAGCAAGAAUCCCACCUCUCAUAAGCAAGUAGUCUAGAAGCAACCUUGACCUCGACUUUGCACUUCCAGCGACAAUGGAACUAAACGUAGGGCUCAGAAAUUCUAUUUUUCAGUUUCUACUAUGUUUAUUAUGGGGUGGACCUGAUGGCCCUGUGUCAUGGACAUGGGCUUGCCAAACAUGGAAGUGACCAACCCAAUGCUUCCCGAGGUCCCUUCUCCCUAAACAAUUUGCUUCAUUUAAUGUUUGCUACUUAGUGGUGUGUGUGGGGGUGUGUGGGGUGUGUGUGGGUGUGUGUUUCCUGUUGAAACUUGGAGUAAAACAAUCAUUGUUUUGACUGAAUAUAUUUGGCCAUUUUUCAGAGAUACAGAAUUAGGGUAUGUCCCCACCAUGCCAUCUUUUCCCACUCGGGAAACAGAACUGGGAGUUCUGUAAGAUUUUCUUUUCAUCUCUACAUGCAAUGAGGUCAGACACUGCAUUUCACAAAUGGGGGCCAUUCAGUAAGAAAAAGGAUUUGGUUCCAAUACAAUGUAGCACCACAAAGUGGAGCCUGGUUGUACACAGACCCUUACUGCUGUUUGGUCCUUCACUGUAAUUUGAGUCUGCUAAAGAUCCAUCGCUGGUGCCAGCAGAGUCCUUGCUGGGAGCAAGUGCCAAUGGUGACAAGACUGGGGAUCACCAACCAAAGGGCCAAGGCAGGGGUGGGGCCUGGACAAACAAACACAGAGUCUCUGCAGGUCAUUGACCAUGGUUAGUGUUUAGUACCAGCCAGUCAGCACUGUAGCCAGUGGCCUGGGUGGCUGUGUUACACUGUAGCCAGUGGCCUGGGUGGCUGUGUUACACUGUAGCCAGUGGCCUGGGUGGCUGUGUUACACUGUAGCCAGUGGCCUGGGUGGCUGUGUUACACUGUAGCCAGUGGCCUGGGUGGCUGUGUUACACUGUAGCCAGUGGCCUGGGUGGCUGUGUUACACUGUAGCCAGUGGCCUGGGUGGCUGUGUUACACUGUAGCCAGUGGCCUGGGUGGCUGUGUUACACUGUAGCCAGUGGCCUGGAUAUUUUACAGUGUUCCAUCCCUUUCUCAUUUUUGCUCCACCAAACACUGCCCUCAAGUUUGAUUUUCCUGCACAAAAAAGCAAAAACAAAAAAUCAAAAAAAAAAAAAAAAGAAAAAUCCUUUUGUUUUUUUCUCUCUCUCAAAAGUCUUGCUCUGGGGUUUUGCUUGGAGGAGCUGAUCAUACCUGCAUGUCAGAAGUUUGGUUCUAUUUUCUGUUUGUGGUUUGUUUGUUGUUUUUAUUUUUUAAUCACUGUAUUUUCCUUUGAAUUGCCUCUUUUUGCUAGUGUUGUAAAAUGAUGAUAAAAUAAUAAUAAUAGUAAUAAUAAUAAUAAUAAUAAUAAUAAUAACGGUCAGCUGUUCCAAGAUUAGUAAAUUAUGUAUAAUUUAUUUUAUUUCUCCCUUUCUAUUUUAUUCUGCUCUGAUUUGGAAGUACAGCCAGUAAGCUGUUGGGUAUUUAAAACUAAUUUCUAUUUCCAGCUCUUACAUUCUUGUACACACAUACAUGUAUGUGUGCAUAUGAUACACACAUACUCAUCCACACACUUGCUUCUCCAUCCAUAACUUCCUCUGUGUUAACAGUUUUGGCCCCGGCAGUAUCAGUUCUGGUGUUUAAUAUGAAGGGGUGAAUUAGUAGGAGGGUCGCGUUCAAUCUUAAUUAACUUAUGCUCUUUCCUCCCAUUUUAGUUAUUUAAUUACCAAUUAUCUAGAGCCAUUUUUUUGUUUUUGUUUAUUUUGUUUUGAAGCACUCUGAAUAAGAGAAAAAAUAGACACUUGUGUUUAUACCAUUAUAACAUACAAUGUGAAAACAGAUUUAUUAAAAACAAAUGUUUCUCUGUGUCUGUCAAGAAACCCUCCUGACUGACGUGGGUUCUCCACUUACAUGUGCUGGGUUCCUACCUCACAGCACAUUCUAGCCAAGCUUGCUUUUCAUUUCUUGACCUUGGGCAGCAAGAAUACUUUGUUUUAGCUCCAGGUAGAUGCUACUGAAGGCAUCCACGGCCAAAACCCAUCCCAACACAGCACUAUCUGAGCAGACUUUCUCUUUGGUCGGCAUCUGUUUUAGUUGAAGGGAAAACAAACUGUUCAUGGUGACUUGUAGCAGCCGAAACUCUCCAGUUUAGUUGAGUUGAUGUCUGUGAUUGAACUGUGCCCAGAGAAAACCACAAAGCAAGUGCAUAAUGUUCCGUCAUAAUCUGUCCUGACAUUUUCUUCAGUGGAUGUUGAGUGUGCUUUGCCCAAGAGUUUUCCCUGGGGGACAACAAAAGCAAAGGUAAUUCUAUUCAUGUCUAAGGUGCACUGAAGUCACUUGGGAAAAAAAAGGUGCUUUUAAUAGCAGUUUAACUGUGUUAACACUUUGCCCUUUGGGCCCUUGAUUGGAUGAUGAUUUUUGUAAAGGAUCCUAAAACUUUAUAUUCUUUUCUGUGCCACACAAUGACCAAACAAGGUAUGGUGGAGGAAAUAAGACAUAUGAAAAGAUCAAAGUUAGCAAACUGAAUCCCACCUUUUCUCUACCUGUCUAACUGUUCAAGCCACACCCCAACCCUCCUUCCUUUCCCCUGCCUGUAUGUUCAAGCCAUACCCCCAUCUUCCCUCAUCAUCCCUGCAUUUAUAACAAUAAACAACAAUGCUGCCCGUUUCUCCCUUUAUAUUUGUAAUUGGUACCUCUAAAAAUAGUCCAGUUUGAUAUAAAUCUAAGAAAAAUAUUCACCAGAAAAAGUGGGUUUAAGUUGUUAGUAAGUUAAUGAUAAUUUUGUUCAUUACUACAAUCAAAAGAAACACACUAGUAUAUUUUUACUCAAAUUAAUCAAAUGAACUUUAAAAGUUCAUUUGAUAUCUAGCUAAGAAUUACCUUUGUGCUAAACACCUCCCAAUAAACAUAUGUAUCAUGGUUGAAACCAAAUCUUCCCAUAGGGACUAAAUAUUAAAGUAUAAAGUGUCCUUUAAUGAGGUCACUUCAUAUAUUUGAUUUCUGAAGUACAGUCACCUUAGUUCACGUAAAGGAAAUUAUCUCUACUAUUUUAUGGCCCCUUUCUAGAUAUUUUCUUAAUGCACAAGCUGAUACUGUUCUCAGAGGAAUCCUCUUCUAUCUCAUUUUAAAACAUAAGAAAGAAUUAGACUUUCCUUACUCUAAAAAGUAAAUUAUUGAAUUGUAAUAACUGUAUAUUUACAAACAGGUUUAUAAAAUAUUUGUUUAUCAAGUUAAUAGUGAAGUAAAACUUUAGGAGGUCUGAAAGAAAAAAAACACAAAACAAACCCCACUUAAAGUGGCUGAGCUCUUUCUGUCUUGUAGGGCACAGGCAUUCUCUAGCCAGGUUCACACAGUAUUUAAUUUUGAAGUUCUGCAGGUUGGAGGUGAUGUGUGUUGAGUUUCCUACUGAUGGGCCCCUGUCCGUCCCAGUGUGUCUGUCACUGGUCCACUAAGACAGUAUUUAUUCAGCUCCCCUGGCUCGAACGCACUUAAGUCUUUCUAACAGCUUGGAUUUCACAAGUGAAAAGGUUUUGUUUGUUUGUUUGUUUUUAAAUGAUUAAAAAAAUAGAGAAGAGACAAUCAAUGCCUGGACUUAAAACAAAGUAUGUGCAAACCACCAUCUCACUUGAAAUUUAAUAAAGUAAAAAACUGUGUAAAUAUAACAUAGAGUUAUAGAUUUCUAUUUUGUUCAUAACACAUAGUGUAAUAUAAGUUGUAUAUUUUCAUGUUUUUGGUUUUAUGUUAUCAUUCAUGCCACAAUAAGAAUAAAACAGGAGUUUGUGUACUCUUGGGGAAAAAAAAAGAUGUGGGUUCCCAGCAACCUGUUUUUUGCUUUUCUGUUUUUGUUUUCAUUCCCCUUUGUUCUGUUUUGCAUUCCCUUUUUCAGUAUUACUGCCGUGCAAGGCACCAAUAAAAACAGCAAAUGUGUCCUUUAUCUAUUA